UCCAAUAUCAAUAUAAACAAUAGUGUACUUAACAGACUGGAAUUGCCUCUUCUCCUGUCAAUAGUUAAUUAUCUUCGCCACAGCACUGGAUGUGAUCAUAGCCCCAUUCUGCCAUGCAAACAUUUUCUGAUCGAUCGACAAAUUAUAACCAUAACACAGCUGAGGAAGUGGGUCACACACACUCGCUUUGCAUGCAGUGUGUGUGUUAGCCCGCAGCAGGCACCGCCUCCUCGGGGAACCUCCCACCAAUCCACACGGUCCUGAGGCGGGACCAGGACUCUGAUGCGCUGGCAACAGGUUGCUCUGGUCGCGGGGGUGAAUCUGCCCCAUGUCCUCAGUUUGUGGAGGAACAAUCAUCUCAUCCAGACUGAGCAGGGAUCCCGAUCAUCCUCCCGCUGCUGCUGCUGCGAGGACUCACACUAAACCUCUGACCGAGCAGGGAGGGAUAUUCCUGGAUUUGGAUUAUCUGCAGGCAGCUUCCACAGACACCAGGAGGUGAACAUGAGCACUCUCUCCACUGACAGGAAGCCGCUCGUGGAUUACGGCGUUCAGAUCCGCUUCAUCAAGGACCUCGAUGACACAGGCGGGGGUUAUCCUGACAAAUCCAGAGGGACCAAUGGUGCAACUCCUAAUACCAAUAAGUAUGGGGUGGCAGUGCGGGUGCAGGGAAUCUCUGGUCAGCCCUAUGUGGUCCUGAAAGAUGGUGAUAAAGGUGACUCUUAUGGAGUUCAGCUAAACACUCCCACCUCCAGCUCUGGGUCGCCGUCACCUUACAACAGCCUCCCCAAAGCUAAUAAAGAACCAGCAGAAUUCACAAACCCCUACGUCCCUGCUGCAAACACAACUCGCUCCCCUGUUUCUCCAGCGGAGGACGAGGAUGGGGAGAUUUUUGGGAGUCCUCUCAAGCGACCUCCAGGGGAUGGUCAAGCAGGAACACAAGGGGAGGAAGAAGGUGGAGCUGGAAGAGAAGGACGGGUCGAAAAGCAGAAAGUUGAAGCCCAACACAAAGCAACAGCGAGUGACGUAGAGAACAACAGAGAUCGGACAACGACGGAGGAGUAUAAUGAAGCAGGGCUGAAACCUGUCAAAUUAAAUGGCGUGGGACCCAGAGGGUACAAGCCAACUAAUUCUGGUUUUACUGGCUCUUUGGGGAGGUACAGUGGGAAAAAGCAGAGCACAGAUUCCCCUUCAAAGUUGCCCCCAGCAGCACCAGUGUCAGCCAAAGAGGAGCCUCUCCCGGCCAUCAACACCGACUCCCUGGCUCCUAUCAACAAGCUCAUCAGUAAGUUUAACAGUGGGACACCAGGCAGCGCCCCGCAGACCCGAGGCCGCUCCGGAGCAAGGCAGCGGCUGAAGUUUGACGAGCGCAGGCGGUCCAGAAGCCUUGAUGCUAGAAAAGAGGAGGUUUCCCUGCCCUCUCCGACAUCUCCCAUCUCUCCAACUCUGAAUCCCUAUUCCUCUUCCAUCUCUCCGACUCUGAAUCCCUACGCUGCUCCUCCGUCUACCUCCUCCAAUUCACUGAUGUCAUACUCCCAAGCGGGCAGCAGCCUGGGAAGAAGCCCUGCAUUGGUCACCAAGGUGUCGGCACUCGAGGCUCCAAAGCCAGACUUCAAGUCACCAGGGAAGUUUGUUGUUAAGAACUACCAUCCAUCUAUAGCUAAAAAGCCUGAGAUUCCUCUGAGGAGUAAAAGCACAGAGGUCAUUAGUGUGGAAGAAGCACCGGUCAAGCGGUCUAUUUUUUACAACCUUAAAGAAAGCGAGAGUGAGGGAUCUCUCCAAAGAAAGUUCAACAUGGACCAUGAGACAAAUGGCAGUUUUAAGAAGGGAGGUUAUAAUGGGCGACCCCAAAAGGCAAAUCUUGAGGAACUUCAGGAGCAACUCAAUAAAUGCAAGAAAGAACUGCAGCAAGCCUAUGAUGAACUGGCAGAGGAGCGUCUGGUCAGAGAGGGUGCAGAGACUCGUCUGCGUCUACAGGAAGAUCUGCUGGCUGAGCUUCAGGAGGAUCUGAGGAGGGUUUCAGAGAACUCCCCUUACUCAGACUCAUUACAGACGGAUGUGGUGACUCUGCAGGCCGACCUGGCCGAGGCUGCCAUGUUACGCCAGCGCCAGGAGGAAGCGCUACAUCAAAGGGAGCGGGAACUGACGGCGCUGAAGGGCGCGCUGAAGGAGGAGGUGGAGUGUCAUGACAAAGAGAUGGAGAUUCUCAGGGAGCAGUACAGCCAGGACAUGGAGGACCUAAGAAGAACCAUGGAGCAGGUGACACAGUCCCAGGAGCAGAUAGAGGAGGAGAGGGAGAGGGUGAACGCCUCCAUGUUGACCCUAGAGGACGAGCUGGAGUGCUGCAGAGAAGAGAGGGAGGAGUGGAAGACUCAGCUGGAGGUCACUACACAGGAGCUGCAAGACACCAGAGAAGACCUGCAAAAAUCCCGUUCGGAGAAGGAAGCAUUUGAGAGCAAGCUUAAGGAUGUGCAGGAUUCACUUGUCGCCAUGAAGAAACAAGGGCCUGGGUCUGCUGAUAACCGCUCUUUAGCAGAGGAGCUUCAGCGUUGCCAUGACAAUCUCAAGCGGACUCGCGCCGAUCUUGACAAACAAAAGGGCGAGUUAGACGAGAAGAGCAAAGCACUUCAAGCCCUGGAGAAAGCGAGCGGCGAGAAAGAGGCCGGGCUUCUGUCUGAAAUCGGCAAGAUGAAGGAGCAGUCGCAGAAAGACAAGGCCGAGCUGGAAAAGGCGCUCAAGAAGGCAAAGGAGUCAUCGGCUGGAAAGACUGUGGUCGACCAGGGUGCCAACCUGGAGCUGCAGGAAGCUAACGCUCGCCUCAGAGAGCGGCUGGCACGCAUGACAAGGCUUCACUCCAGUGUGCCCCUGAGCUCAGACACAGAGGAGGCAGUGGAAGCUCUGGAGGACGAGAACCGUUCCCUGAAGUCUCAGUUGGAGGAGGUCAAGCGAGGAGCCACGCGCCUGAGCAAGGAGAGGGACGAGCUGACCCGGCGGCUGGAGGAGAGAGACCUAGAGAGGGAGGCGCUGCGGAGGGGCAAGAGCGAACUGGAGGAGCAGAAGAGGCUGCUGGACCGAGCCCUGGAGAAGAUCAACAAAGAGAUGGAGAUGAUGAUGGGAGAUUCCCGUCAGUCCGUGAUAGCCCUGCAAACACAGCUUGACGACUACAGGGAGCGCUCGAGGAAGGACCUGCAGGAGGCGCAGCGCAACUGCAAAGACCGACUGACUGAGCUGCAGAGAAGCCAGAACAACCUGAAGGCCCAGCAGGAAGAGGUUUCCCGUCUGAAGAAGGAGCUGCUGGUGUGCAGCGAGGAGAGAGACAGCGCCCAGCUGGAGAGAGACCUCCUCAGUAACCGUCUCAAACACUUGGAUGGUGAACUGGAGUCAGAGAAGAGCACCCACACAGAUCGCACCAGGGAGAUCAGGGGCCUGGAGGAUAAAAUAAAGUCGCUGGAGAUCGAGCUGGAUGAGGAGAGGAGCAGCGUGGAGCUUCUCAAUGACCGUAUCACACGGAGCAGAGAUCAGGUGGAUCAGCUUCGCUCUGAGCUGAUGCAGGAGCGCUCAGCGAGACAUGACCUGGAGAUGGACAAGAGUGCAAUUGAGAGACAGAUGAAGGAGCUGAAGUCUCGUGUGGCCGACAUGGAGGGACAGACUCGGCCCACAGCUGGACUCAGCCUGCUGGAAAACAAAAUUCAGGAGUUAGAGGAAAGACUUCGCAGUGAAGAACGAGAGAAGGCCAGUAUCCAGGCCUCUCAGAGACGAAUGGAGAGAAAACUGAAGGAGGUAAACGCCACGUUAGACCAGGAGAGGACCCAACAUGUGGAGCAGAGGGAUCAGCUGUCUCUGCGCGUGAAGGCCCUGAAACGGCAGUUCGACGAGAGCGAAGGGGAGGUGGAGCGCCUGGAGGUAGUGCGCCGCAAGGUUCUCAGAGACCUGGAGGAGCAGCAGGAGCUCCAGGAGGCGCUGCAGGCCAAAGUCACGGCGCUGGAGACUGAGCUCAAGCGGAAGUCGCAGCACCGUGCGUCUCUGGGCCCCUCCACUUUAAGCUCCGAGGAGGAGGACGGCUUCUUUGACACCAACAUCACCUCCAUCUUGCACGAGAGCCACCUGCAGACCAGCCACAGCUAGAAUGUGACCACUGUGGAAAACUCAGUGCAAAAACUUGUGAGAUAAGAAGGAUACUCAGGGUAUCAAGGAUCCACUUGCAUGAAGAACUCUGUUGCCAUGCACCACAGACUUGCCGUGCAGUUGCUCUUAUUUUUAUUUUUAGUGCAGCGGUCCGACGGAGACAGGUUGUCAGGAUAAUUAGAUUGCAUUUUGUUUGAGCCUUCAGCUGUGAUUAUGAUUGCGUCUCUGCUGUUUUGUUCUAUCUGUCAUGAGAUGUGCUGUAACUCUGUUUAGUCGAAGAGUUAUAAAUACAAGGUUUGACUUCACAGCUUUAAGUCUGUUGUCAAAAAGGCUCUUUGCUGUUUCAAAUUGACUGUAUAAUACUGUGGUAGCACAUUACUGUGGGUUAUGUUCAGAGGUAGCCAGGUAUUCAAACAGUUUUGUUCCACUGAAGCCAGACUUAGAAAUUUACAUCUAUUUUAAACCAAAAAUAUGUAGAUUUUUUUCUUUUCUUUUGGUUUCUUACUGUUUCAGUCAUUGGUCAUAUUUGUGUUUGCUUGCGCAUGAUGAUUUACAUCUGUCAGUGUUGUUAUAGCUCCAAGUUUCCUUUGUGUAUUAAGUGAUAUAUAUAUAUAUUUUUUUUACCUUUGACUGUGACAGUAACGCCCGUUUAAACUGAGCCUCCAUUUUUUUUUACAGCGUACUAGCUGUGCAUACCUGUUAGUCAUGACAAUCAAAUAAACAUACGGUGACACUGUGUAUCCUCAGAGGUUCAUUUUCUGCUUUAAUGAUAUUAUUCCUAAAUGUGGUUCGUUUUAUUGAGUAUCGCUUUGUAUUUAGCUCGGUUCUUGUGCAUGUUUUCACUCAGAUGCCUUAAAAAAUUAACUCAUAUCUUUAUUUUCACUUAAUGUCGUCACUGCAUGUGUUGGGUUGAUAUGCUGCUGCUCCUGUAAUGAUUUUAGUAUUUCCUAUGCUUGCCUGUGCUUGCGUCUCUUGUGCUUUAACUUAACUUAAGAAUCAUUCCACAUUUCUCCUUGUUGCACCUGGCUGUGAAUAUUGAUUCAUAUCUCCCAAAUUACUUAUUGAUGAUGUUAUUAUAUUUUGAAUGUGUCACUUUAAAAAUGUUUAUUAGGGCAAUUUCAAGAAAUGAUGCUUUAUAUUCAGAGAAUGUAUAUUAAGAAGCUGGUAACAUUUGAUAUGUAGCAAAGACUGUACAAUAAAAA